CAAGAGGAGCGCCGUUGCCUAGGAGACCCUGUUCCCUGGGCGCCUGGGGACCAGGAGGUUGGACUUCGCCACCUCUGUGAUGCCACUCGGCAGGGUGCGGGCACCCAGCACUGAGGGCCACCCAGGCGGGACUUCCCUCUUCAGCCUGGGCACCGAAGUUUGAUAAUACAGACAUCGCCAAAGAUUAGAAACAAAAUCAACUAGAGGAAGUGCUGAUAGUAUGGCGUGUGGGAGUACACAAAUCUCUAGAGCAGACAGUUUUGUUUUAGGGACUAUCCAGAUUAUGCUUGGCAUCUUUAAUGUUUUAAUGUGGUAUUUCCUGCUGGUUUUAUAUAUGGGACAAAUUAAAGGAGUCUUUGGGAAAUACGAACCUUUAACGUACAAAACAGGAUGCACACUGUGGGGAGUUUUUUUUAUCUUAUCGGGAGCUUGCAUAAUAAAAGCAACAAAGAAUCCAACGCGAAGCCUGAUUGUGUCUUCUUUGAGCCUGGAUAUUUUAUGCAUGAUUGUUACGUUGAUUGCAAUAAUUCUGACAGUGGUGGAGUUGUCUAAAUUUCACUCUGUAUCAUAUAAGAAUUACGGACAAGCGAAACUGGGGAGGGAAGUUUCACGUGUGUUAAUUACCGUCUACCACCUGGAAUUCUGUGUUGCCCUUACACACUCGAUCUUCAUGUGUGCCAGUUUGAGUCGAAGACACAGCAGUGUUUCCACACCUGUUACAGAGGAGGCUGAAAGUGCUAUGUGAGAACCUUAGAAAUGUGAGAUUUUUACUGAUGCUGAUACCUGGUGUGGGUGCUCUGAUAUUUUGGUACAACAAAACUGCUGCAAAACCUGCAGAUUUUGUGCAAAAGAAAAUACAAAGCAAGUUAAAUUUUCCUCCUCAACAGUUAAGAAGUUUCUAUAUGCACUUCUCUACGCUCAAAGGAUGUGAUUAUUACAAAGAAGAAUUUGUUAUCUAGAUCAUAUGAAUAGUUGUCAACAUUCCACAAACUUGUGUAAAACACUCUAAAACACACUUUUUCUCUAGAGUGCAGGCUAUAAAGACUGCAAGUGUGAUGUUGUGUAACUCACAAGAAAAUAUGUCUCCCUAUGAGCAAAAACCAUAUUUCAUGUUCUAAGUCUGUCAAUGGAACUAGCUUCUCCCUUAACAAAGUAUGACAAAGAGGGCCGGGGAUUUGGCUCAGUGGUUCAGCCGCCUGCCUCGCCAAGUAGAAGGGCUGGAGUGCGAUCCCCGGUACAAAAAAUAAAAACAAAGUAUGACAAAGGCUGCUGAUUCAGUCUGUGGUUGCUCCUUGACUUUCACCUCUCCACAUUAAAAUUCCUUUCUG